UGGCGCCGGGGCGGGCGGGCCGCCUGGGGCCGCGGGCAGUGCGGGAAUUUCGGACCGGGAGGAAGGAGCGGCGCGCGGCCCGCUCGCACAGGAGGAAAAAUGCCAAAUAAGAAAACAUCUGCAAAAAGAGCCCCUGCAAAAAGGAAACUUGCUGAAAUGUUUGGUCUGGGGGAGGUUCUAGCAGAUACAUCAAGAAAAGAAUGGAAAUUAGGUGGCCCUGUAGGGCAGGGAGGCUUUGGACGCCUGUAUCUUGCUGACGUUAAUUCUUCAAAGUCGGUUGGCAGUGAUGCCCCUUAUGUUGCAAAAGUGGAACCCAGCCAGAAUGGACCUCUUUUUACUGAGUUAAAGUUCUACAUGCGAGCUGCUAAGCCAGAUGAAAUUCAGAAGUGGACUAAGUCCCAUAAACUGAAAUAUUUAGGUGUACCAAGAUAUUGGGGUUCUGGCUUGCAUGAAAGAAAUGGAAACAGCUAUCGAUUUUUGAUAAUGGACCGAUUUGGCAGAGAUCUUCAGAAGAUGUAUGAAGAGAAUGCAAAGAAAUUUUCCCAUAAAACUGUACUACAAUUAGGCCUGAGAAUACUUGAUAUUCUGGAGUAUGUCCAUGAGCAUGAAUAUGUGCAUGGAGACAUCAAGGCCGCAAACCUCCUUCUGAGUUACAAGAACUCUAAUCAGGUGUACUUGGUGGAUUAUGGACUUGCCUACCGAUACUGUCCUGAAGGAGUUCACAAAGUAUAUAAAGAAGAUCCUAAAAGGUGCCAUGAUGGAACUAUUGAAUAUACCAGUAUUGAUGCACACAAGGGUGUGGCACCAUCGAGACGUGGUGAUCUGGAGAUCCUGGGUUACUGUAUGAUUCAUUGGCUUAGUGGCCAUCUACCAUGGGAAGAUAAUUUGAAAGAUCCAAAUUUUGUCAGAGACUCAAAAAUCAGAUGUAGAGAUAAUAUUUCCAUUUUGAUGGACAAAUGCUUUCCUGGGAAAAAUAAACCAGAUGAAUUGGCCAAAUAUAUGGAAAAGGUGAAGCUACUCAGCUAUGAAGAGAAACCUGUUUAUCAGCAUUUCCGAGAAAUACUUUUGCAAGGUCUCAAGGGCAUUGGACAAAAGGAUGAUGGCGUGCUUGACUUUGGCUUGGCAGAGAAUGGAGAUUUUCCAAGAAAUCCUGUGCAAAAGAAAAGAAGAAAGGCUGCAGCUAGUGAGAGCACUGAGGUGGAAAUGGGGGACACUGGAAGUCCAAAGAAAAAGAAAGUUGCUAUUUCUAAUGCAGUUGCUGCCAGAACUCAGAAGAUGACCUCACCAAAACCCAAGAAAAGCACAGCAACCAGAAAGAGAGUCCAGAAGUAAAUAAUAUAUGGAGCAACAAAUUAAGUUGCUCUGUGGCUCAUUUCUGGUUUGGUUGUGGUUUUUUUGUUGGUUUUUUUGGGGGUUUGUUUUUUUCUUUUUCUGUGGGUUUUUUUUUUUUUGUAGCACUGGAAUCUUUUCUUUCUAAAUGAUGAAUCCUAUAAAAACAUGGACUGCUGUUUGUACCUGUUUUUGAAGAAUAAAUGUUUUAUUGAGACAUUUGCAUAAUUUAUGUAUACUUAAAUACUAAUGCAAAGUUUUGCCAACUUCUGAAGUGGGGAUGCAUUUUUAUUCUUUAUAUACAUGCAUUCACGUCUUAAAGGCAAACUGAAAGAGAGUGCUUUUUUCCUGCUUCAUAAUGUAGAGAUAAAGCCUUAUUUAAUUGUUUCAUUAUGAAUACUGUAUAAGAAACAGCAGUAUUGCAUCUGAUUUCUCACAGUUUUGAGUAAAGUCAUAUUGGUGGUCACUUAAAUACACACUGAGAUGAAGUCUGAAAAAGCAGAAAUAGCUUUUAAAUAUGUUUCAAGUGUUUGAAUUAAAAACAGAACAUAAGGCAAAAAUCAUGUCCUUACAUUCUGGUUAAUAUAAAAUGCACAUAGUCAAUUUUUUGGAAGACAGGUACUAAAUUUUAGCCAUUUUUUGCAUAGUAUUUGUGUUUGUAGAAUUUUUCCAAUUAUUCAGUUUCUCUGGAAAGAAAGAGACCAGAAUUUCAGACAGAGGGCCUGGGGCAAAGAAAAGAACCAACUUAAAAACCAGUGCCUAUUCUUGAUCACCCCCUCAGGUUUUCUUUUUAUAUUAGUGAAAAGACUAGAAUAUAAUAGCAAGUAACUUCGUGCAGAAUCUAGUUUCAGUGUAAUAUUGUCUCAUAGCAAUAAUGGUUUACCUUUUUUAAUGCUUGAGAAGCAUGUAAUCUUCCAAAGCCUUUUGUAAAAGUACUUCAUUGGUUGGCUUUGAGUCCUCUUUAGAGCUGUAAGUCAAAAAACAGUGUUGAAUUCCUGAGUGAAACAUUGCUGCAUUUCAUAUAUCUACUGCAACAUACACAUAGUAAGGCAUGAACAUCAUUCUUAUCAGGGUAGCCAAAAGUUUGGUGAACCAAAAGGAAUCCAUAUGAGCCAGUGAGAGUGUAUUUGUGUGGAUGUCCAGCUUGCUUGAUUGUAUAAUGUCUGAGUAGCAACUCAUGAGAUUAAAUAAAUAUGUUGUAGCACUGUUGAAUGAAUGAAUGAUGAGGUUAUGUUUUGUAACGAGGGAAUCCGUUGUUUUGAAAUAAAACUGGAGUACCAUA